CCAUUUUCGCCGUUCCUUCCUUUCUUUUUUUCUCUCUCUUCCUCCUCCAUUUCUUCGUCUUUAAUAUUCCUCUGAAUAAUUCUUCCGUGUUAAGAUUCUUCUCCUCCUCUUCUCCUCAUUCUUAUCCCAUUCCCUUUGUUUCACAAUUCUCUCUUAUUCCUCCUAACAGAUCGGGGUUCUUUUCGUUCUUCGAAGAAGGCGAUCUGAUUAUUAUGAUCUAUUCUUAACAGAAAAAGGCGACCCUCUUGUUUUCUUUUGAGAAAAAAAAAAAAAGAAAAAAAAAAAAGAAGAGAUUACAUAGUCGAAUUCAAGGAGCACAAAAAUUAUGGCCGAAGAGCACCGAUGUCAAGCGCCGGAGGGUCACCGACUCUGCGCCAACAACUGUGGGUUCUUUGGGAGUUCCGCGACCAUGAAUCUCUGUUCCAAAUGUUACAGAGAUUUCCGUCUCAAAGAGGAACAACAAGCCUCUAUCAAAUCCACCGUCGAAAACUCUCUCUCAGCUUCUCCGUCUCUCUCCUCCUCACCUUCGCCCGCGGAAAUCGAAUCUUUCUCUGCUUGCCACCCCGAUCCUCCCCAGGCCGUGGUCCAGCCGGAGAUCGCGACAGACAUGCGAACUCCGGACGUGGCGGUCGUACAACCGAAUCGGUGUUCGGUGUGCAGGAAACGGGUCGGGUUCAUGGGGUUCAGGUGCAGGUGUGAGAUCACGUUCUGUGGGGUCCACAGGUACCCGGAGAAGCACGGGUGCACGUUCGAUUUCAAGACGAUCGGAAGAGAAGAGAUAGCGAGGGCCAAUCCGGUGGUCAAAGGCGAGAAGCUGGAGAAGAUUUAAUCCGGAGCCGUCGGAUGAGAUUACUUGGAGACCAAACAUCGAUACAAAGUCACCGCUCACCGAGCAAGUAUUACGAUGAUGAAGCGAUGUUGUGGCACGUGGAAGAUGAUGAUGAUGUGUAAUUGUCUCCGAGUCCGUUUUACUAUUAUUUUUGGGAAUAAGGUUGUUGAUGUGGGCUUUUGCUUUGUAAAAAGGACUUUACUUCUGUUUGGGAUUGAAAUUUCGGGUUCAGGGAAUUCCGUGUAGAUUCUUCUAUCUUUUUCCUAUUUUUACAUAUAUUUGGGGUUUGAAUUA